AUGCUGGCUGUAAGAAAUAGGACGAAGCUGAUAGUCGGCAUCGACUACGGUACAACGUAUUCAGGUCUUAGUUUUGCGCUCUCCAAUGCCGCAGACUUCAAAGACAUUCAUCCAUGGACAAAAUACCCCGGCUCGUCAACUCACAUCGCAGAACACUGCCACAAAGCUCCAUCAUGGGUUGCCUUCAAAGAUGAGAAUCCCGAUCUCGACGAGAACGCAUGGGGCUAUCAAAUCGAACCUGGUAUGAAGACUUACGCAUGGACAAAGCUCCUCCUCGACGAUCAAGCACUCGCGACAGAGUAUGAUGAUCCUGAUCUUAACAAGGCCGCUGGAAAUGGCCUUAUGAGAUUACCAGCUGGCAGAACUGCCAAAGACGUGGUUACCGAGUACCUGAAGGGUAUGCAUUCUAUGUAUAAGAAAGCUGUCAUUGAGAAGAUUGGGGAGGAUAUCCUUGAAGAGAUGCCAGUUGACUUUUGGUUGACUGUUCCAGCGACUUGGACGGAGAGAGCGAAGCUUAUAACUAGAGCCGCAGCUUUGGACGCUGGAUUUGCGUCGAGACCUAUUGAUCGUUUGAGCUUGAUCACAGAACCUGACGCGGCUGCGCAUAUGGCUUUGAAGUCCAGCAUUCAUCACGUCGAAGAUCUUAUCGACGUUGGCACGGGCGUGAUGGUUUGUGAUCUUGGUGGUGGUACUGUCAUAGUCAGAAAGUCACCUUCUCUAAAGCUGAGGGAGAUUGCCAUCGGAGCAGGUAAAAUGUCCUUAUCCGCAAAUGGAACGAUCAUACUCACACUCCCAGGUGGUAAAUGCGGCGGGACAUUCGUAGACCGCAAUCUCUACAAGCUCCUCGCAAAGCGUUUCGGAACUACAUUCACCAGCCUGGGUCCACAGCACGUAGGUCCCGGCAGUCAAUUCAUGGACCAAUUUGAGAUGCGCAAAAGAGAUUUCAGUCUCGAUACACCGAGCAAGAAGUCUUAUAAGCUAACUCUGCCUAUGCGAAGCCUGGUAGUCACUCCAGACAUGCAAAAGUACUACGACCCUGACUUUAACUGGGUGCUUCUGAGCAAAGAUGAUAUGAAGAGCCUUUUUGACCCUGUGAUUGACGUCAUUCUCAAGCUUGUAAAGGAUCAGGUUGAUCAAGUCAAGAGAGAUAAAGAGCCAAUAAUCAAGACGAUGUGUCUGGUUGGUGGGUUUGGCUCGUCGCCUUACGUCAAGGAGAGGUUACUUGAAUGGUGCUCUGAGCAAGACAUACGACUCACAACACCAUGGACAGGCGCUUGGGCAGCUGUUGUCUGCGGUGCUGUGUUGCGAGGUGUCGAAGGUUCUAUGGUCAGACAAAAGAAAUGUCGUCGACACUAUGGACAUAGCAUCUCUCGAACAUAUGAUCCAGCAGUUCAUUUCAACUUUGAUGAGAACAAGCGAAGGCUGUGGAACGAUCCUUGGACCAAGGAACAAAACCUAUCUGGCUUCAUGGAUUGGGAGAUUGCAAAGGGCGCUCUCCUCGACGACGACACUGAGAUCAGCACAAGUUUCUACUCCCACUUCUCGGAAUACUUUGAUGGAAAGCAUACACAUGAUCUUUACUCAUGCAGCUUGGAUGAGGCACCCGAGACUAUCGAGAACGAACGUAUCGAGAAAGUUGGCGAGGUUCUGUACACCAUCGAUGACAUUGGCAUUGACAAGACCAAGAUCAAGUCCAUCCAAGACGCCAAUGGAAUUCACUGGUAUCAGCUACUACUCACCUUGACGAUUCGUCUCAGUGACGACGACGUUGGUGUACUGGUAUGUCGGAUCUUCUGUCGCGGGAAGGAAGUUGGAAAGGCUGAGAUAGGGUACUCUUUUACGUGA